AUGGCCGUCGCUCCAUGCACUGUUGCAUCUCCGGAGGUUGCGUGCCGUUUUCCAUCCGUUAAAGUUACAGAAAACUCAAAGCUCUUCCUCGCUGCGAUUGGCCUACGCCUGAAACUCCCUGCUGAGCCUUACCCACUAGAAAUUCGCCGUGGUCGAGAAUCCACCGCGCCGCGUCGGAUUAGUGAGGUACUGGCAUACAGCGUUGUUUCUCCUCUCCAUCUCGAUACGGUUACAGCCGUCGGACAGCUCGAAUCGACUCGUGUUCCAGCUCCAUUGAGGGUACCUCACUAA